GACAAAUACAGCCAAAUAGCCAAUGCACAAGAUCCAAAGUGUACCAUCUCAACUCUGCCUUUACUUUCUGUCAGCCCAGGGGCCGGGCCGGGCCAGGUUGACCCACUCUUGAAGACACAUAGAUUUCUAUAGCAUCCAGGAGUUGAAGGAUCAAAAGAAGUAGCUUUUAGAAGCUUUCAAGUCUUUUCAUUUCCAAAAUGGCUCUAGCAAUACCAAUACCAGAGAAGCUACUGAGCUUUCUGAUGGAAAAAGUUGCUCCUGUCCUACAGGCUGAAGCCAAAAAACUUCAGAGUGUCCCAGAAUUACUAGACGACAUCAAAAACGAAAUGGAAAUCGCUAAAGAUUACUUAAAAAAAGUCGAAGUAAAAGUUGACAGAACAGAAGAUCAAACAAAAGAGCAACUCAAACUAGUGACAAAGUUAAGAGCAUUAGUGUUCAAGAUUGAAGAUAUCAUGGACGACUUCAAGCUUCUUGAACCACCUAAACCAGGCAACCAACAAGGUGGCGGCAAAGGGUGUUUCGGGGGAAUCUCAGACGGGUUCAUUGAGGGAAUCUCCGAGUUCAUAAACCGGGGUUCAAAAGAAGUGGAUUCUUUCAAAGACAAACGCGGGAUGGCCUGCUCAAUUGUACGGAUCAAGAAAGCAAUGGAGAAGAUCAAAGGAAAAAGUUACGAGGAAUCGAUCUUCUCUCUCAAGGUAGACCCGGGAACGGACCGUAACCCUAGUGAGUACCCCCUUUAUAAGGAUGAGGAGGACUUUGUCGGGUUUAAGGACCGUCAAUCAGAAGUGAUCAACAAGUUGGAUUUGGAGAAGGAGGUGUAUGUUAAAGGGUUGUUUGUGUUAGCGGUGUGGGGUCAGCCGGGACUCGGGAAGACUACACUUGUUCAGAAAGUGUAUGAGAAUAAGGAUGUAAGGAAGAAUUUCAGUUGUUAUGCUUGGAUCACAGCAACCAAGCCUUACAAGAGUGUGGAUUUACUCAAGUGUUUGUUUAAACAGUUUAUCAGUAAUUCUUCUGCUGGAGAUGUUAAAGAAACGAGUAUUGCGAAGUAUCUGACGCCGGUACAGAAUGAGAGUUCUGUGGUGAUAAUUGUUGAGAAGUUGAAGAGUUACCUUACAGAAUUUCACCCCGAAAAUAGGUACUUUGUGGUGCUUGAUGAUGUCUCAGAAAUGGAAGAGCUCUCUAAGAUUCUUAAGGCAACACUGGUACCCAGCAAGAGUCUAGGUGGUAGAAUACUGAUGACAACGAAGAGCGAACACGUCGCUAAUUACUGGAAAACUUCAACUUAUUAUGGUGAAGCCUACAACCUGAAAGUUCUAUCAGAACAGGAUGCUAAGGCUCUGUUCAACAAGAAGGCAUUCGGAAACCAAGGAAAAUGCCCUAGGAAGCUCAAGAGUUUAAGGGACACGAUUGUGAAAGAAUGCGAUGGUUUGCCCGUCCUAAUCGAGAAAGUAGGGUCCACAUUCUCGACUACAGAUAAGUGGAUUGAGCUGUACCAUGAUUUCCAAAUCAACCCUGUUUCAAAGAGCUGGAGCAAGGAGAACUUGCUCUUUAGCGGCUAUCACGAGAUGCCUUAUCAUCUUAAGCCUUGCUUCUUGUAUCUGUGUAUGUUUCCUAAAGGUUGUUACUUUAAAAGGAUGAGGAUAGUCCGUUUGUGGAUUGCUGAGGGUUUUGUUGAAGCUAAGGACCAUAGCACUUACGAAGAAGCGGCUGAGGAGUAUCUCAAUGAACUUGUCGAAAGAGGCAUGGUUAAUCUGUUGAAGAGCGAUGAAACAGGAAGAAACAGGACAUUAAUUCUUCCAUGUAUGUGGCAACAUAUAAUGCUCCCAAAGUUGGCAGACCUAAGUUUUUGUCAAGUGUUACCAAAAAACAGGUUAACAACCAACAACCACUGUCGAAGGCUGUCGAUUCACAAGGAUGCACCAAACACUGUCAUCGCCCCAAGUGUCCGCUCAAUCCUUUCAUUUGUUCCUCUUAACAGAUUUCCUAUCUCAUGGUCAUCUCCCUUCCAAGAAGCUGAAUUCAGGUUAAAAGUACUUGACCUACAAAAUGCUAAGUUUGAUACAGUCCCAGAAGUGAUCGGGAAACUACAUAACCUGCGUUAUCUGUGCAUGAGAAACACCAGGGUUAAGGAACUUCCAAAGUCUAUAAGUGGACUUUGGAACCUUCAAACCCUGGAUCUCAAAAACACUGACGUAGUUGAGCUACCUGAAGGUAUUAAACGCCUUCACAAGCUACGGCAUCUUCUUAUAUGCCAUUAUGAUGAAAACAACAGGAUGGUGCCAGUAAAGAUACAUGAAGAGGUGUUUAAUAACUUCAAGGAGCUACAAAAGCUAGCAUUUAUGGAUGGAAGUAUCCAUUUACGGAAGGUGGGUGAUGGUUCUGAAAUCAUUGAUGGUUUAGUACCUGGUUUGGACAAGCUAACGCGGUUGAGAAGGUUGGCAAUUGAAAAUCUGACAGCUGAUCAGGUGAAAGCUUUGUGUGAGGCGUUGAUGAAUAUGGAACAGCUUCGGUCAUUCAGUGUAAGCAUGAAAAGUAAUGAUGAAGUGCUUGAUUUGAGCCACAUCAUAUCUCCUCCUGAGUUUUUGGAGCGGCUUUACUUAAGAGGGCCUUUGGAGCGAAAAGAAUUGCCAAAAUGGAUACAUAAACUGAAGCAUUUGGUUAGGUUGCGGUUGAAAAACUCAGGGUUUGUGAGUGAUCCACUUGAAAAGGUCAAAGUGAUGCAAGAGUUGCUAGUUCUUGAACUUGAUAAUGCGUAUGAUGGUAAGGUAUUGGAUUUUGGUUUCAAGGGAUUGAGGAAACUGGAAGUGUUACGUAUCAAACAGUUAAAAAACUUGGAGAUGGUAAAAGCUGGAGAAAAUGCUCUGUGUAAACUCCGUGUGGCUGAACAUAAAGAUUGCCCAAUAUUUGAGGAUGAGAAUAUCCACAUUCCAUCUCAAAUAAAGGACGUUCUCCAAGUGUUUAAACCAAGAACCAAAUCUCCAAAGGACCGCGUCAAUUGAUUUGCCUUCAAAGGGGGUUUUCUUUCUCUUGUGUGUGUUAUGUUUUAUGAAUUAUUGAUGAGUUAUAUUCAACUCGAGUAUGUUUGUUUGGGAGGAAAUUGUAUUUCAUGUUUUGACGGAAAACACUUCCCGGAAAAUGGUUUUCCAAAUUUAAAGGUGGAAAACAAUUUUCCAUAGGGGAAAACCAAAUGUUCUUUUGGAAAUAAGGAAAUGCUACAUUUUGUUCU